AUGGAGCUUCAGUCCAGGUGUUCUCAUAAGUACGUGCUGCUGCAGGUGUGGUGUGGUCUCCUCACUGUGGCUAUGGUGGUCAUGGCUGCAGUCCUCAUCUCUAUCAAACCAAAGCCAGCUGGGUGGGUUCCUAAAACCUCAGCAAACCCGAGCAGAGCUGCAAUGUGGGCCGCACAGACUAAAGCUUCCGGCACUUACUCAUGGGAGAUUGAACACAAAUGUGAGUUCUGCUCCCUCGACCUCCACGAGGACUCCAUCAACUGCUCAAAAACCAGCCUGUACUUCCUCUACGCACAGGUCACCUUCAGCAGGCACCCCAGGAACAACCAGGCCAAAGAAGUGAUCCUGAAGAGAAACCCUUCCCCUGAUAAGACUGACAAGAAACUGGUAGAGGGGAUAUUCCCGCACACGACAGAGAGCUCCGUGUGGGUGGCAAAGAUCGUCAGACUUGAAGAAGGAGACAGCAUCAGUGUAAACAUCACAGACGACUUUCUGUCGGAGAACACCUUCUGGGGGGUGUUUCAGCUGCAUUAG